CAUUGCUGCUUGUAGCCUGAGCUGGAAAUAAUUUGCUUGUGCAGGAUAAAUAAAGCAUUUUUUUUCUACCAUUAUUUUUCAUGCAAACUGUGUCAUUCAGUAAAGUACAUUUCUUCUCUACAAGCUAAAGAGAAAUUCUGCAAAAAUGAGUCAUCUUUAUGCUGGGCCGUUGUCCAGCUAUAACAGCCUCACAGACAGACAUCUAAAGGGAUAUUUCAACAAUACACGAAUAAGAAGACAUCUUCAAAGAGCUGGACUGAUUACAAAAAGUGGAAAAAUAUUGUCUGAAAAGGAAUACAGAAUAAAUGCAAUGAGACAUGAUAAUCAAAGAUACAUACGAGAAUGCCUUGCUCAAGCAAUAUUUCACAAAGUCCUCGAUAUGGAGCGUCACCAUCAAACUGAAAUAAAAAGAAAACUUGAAACAUUUGUCAAAAAAGAACAAGUUCAAAAAAUUAAGGCGGAUCAUUCAAAAAAGGCAGAAGAAGAAACAAUCCUGUUAUUUUCACCUCAUCCUCCAGCAGGCGCAAGAUGUGGGCUCAGCCGCCAAAUAGCAAUUGAAGGGGAACGUUCUGAUUCGUCAGACUCUGUGAGUACCGGGAAAAAGUUUAGCAUCCUGAUCAGAGAUGACAAGAAAGGGACCUUACACUCCAACUAG